GCUCUACGAUGGGCAUAAAACGGCUGCAGGUUGCACGUGGAAGGUGGCAGGCGCCAAAGGCGCUCAGCACCUACAACAUUGCGGCUCACACAUUUUUGUCCAAUUACCGCAAGGCUUGUGCCGCACAAGUCAAGCGCUGCGGGCGGUCGCGUUGUAUACGUAAUUUUUAUUGGACACUGCCACGCAUCGCUGCGGCCGUCGUGAGCUUUACUCGCCUUACUCACUUUACUCUGUAAAGGCAAAGUCCUAGGCCAACAUGAAAAGCUUUCUUCCUAACUUUGCGGCCUACGCUACGAAUGCGAUAUCAAAACAAAACGGAUAAUUGCAGUGCCGCUUUCUCUCUCUCUCGCUCUCACUCUCUUCCGUACUCACUCCGGUUGCAUAGUCUCCACUUUGCCACCUGUGUCGAUGGGUGGGUGUGUGUGUGUGUGUGCGGCAGGUUGGGGAUUUGUUGAUUGCACCACUUGACACACAUUCGAGAGCAGCGACUCGUAAUUGUAAUUGAUUCAUGAGCAUUGCAAAUUAGCGCACUCGCUGCUCAGUUCCACUUGGCUCUGGCCAUUUCCAAAGCGCCUCGUAAUUGAUUGGAUUUGACAUAAGCCGGGAAAUCGAAUCUCAAUUGAAUUCGCAUUGCAUUCAAGUGCAGCGCAACGCAUCGUGUAUUUAUGGAAAGAAUUGUCAGUUUUGCAUGCUAAGCAUGCUUAACAUAAUUGUGUUACUUACUUUAUAAAUAUGGAUGUCAAGUUGUGUGUCGGCAUUUGCUGUAGUCUCCUGCGGCAGGCACAGUUUGAGAGCCACUGCGGGCAACUCUACACACAACAGAUUUUGGCGCCAAACGCGACAGGCUCUCCGCUCAAAGCACGAGCGCACAGUUCGUGUCGAAUAGCCGACACGAGCGACACACUGCCGACGUGAGCCGAAUGGUCGGCUGGCAGGAUACACGAAGGCCACAGGCGUAAGGACAAAACAGUUUGCGACUAAGACUCGUGUGGAACGGACGCGCGGCCAAUCGCAAGCGUGCUGCGUACGCGUGCGAAUAGAAUUACGAAUACUCGACAACUCGUCCAGCAUAUGUGUGAGUGUCCUUAGACGACAAUUGAUGCAAAUGAAUUGUGACCCGGCUCGGACCCCACUAACACUGAUUGGUGCUCCGUGCGUGUCACAGGCAAUGCCCAACUUCAACUCAAAGAGCCGUGUGCGUGUCAAAGUCCAAGAAGCGAACGUAAACCUAAGCGUAAAAGAAAACGUGAACGUGAACGUGAACAUGGAACGUGGCAUGAUCGUGCUGCCAAGUGCCAAGUGAAUCAACAAACAACAACCAGCCAGGCAGCCAGCCAGGCAGUCAGCGCUCAGCGUGUAAAUCACUGAGUGUCAGCAGAAUGUUUAUAAAGUGCGAAGGGAUUCGCGAGCAACAAAAUUAAAGGAAGAACACAAAGUGUUGGCAAAAGUAGGAGAAAUAUUAAAAUCAGCAACCUGUCGGGCGCAACGCCUGCGUCUCCAGCACCGUCCACGGGAACAAAGCGAGACCCGACAAACCGGCCAACAUGACCCGCUUUCGCAUAAAAAAUCUAAAAAUUCUGUCUUGCUGCCUCAGUGUUUGGGUCACGCUCUUUGGCGGCGCCCUUCAUCUGGCACGCUGCAGUGAAUUUCCGGAGCGCGAAUGCUGCGAUUUGACAACCACCUCGACAGUGGGCCCGCUGCCAUUGCCGCCGCCGGCCCUGCCCACCGACAAGUCGUUAUCCUCGGCCACAACUGCAGUGGAGACAGACCUGAAUCUAACCAUUGGCCGUUCGGGUUCGACCAUUAAAGGAGCCGUUGCGAUAUUGAAUUGCAUAUUGGCUCGUCAACUAUGCUUCGAGGAUCCCUCGUGCUCGGCUAUUUUGGAAAUAAUACCACGCGUCUGCGGACCCAUACCAGUGUCCUGCAGCACUGUGACGGUCACAAAAUGCCAAGCGGCACUUCGCACGCUGCAGGCAUUUCAAUUCUUUCGCCCCACCUGCCUGUGCAAGGAGCCCGGCAUGGAUCCCGAUUGCAAUCAUUUUCGGGAUUUUCUGUUCGAUCAUCCGUGCGGAUUUGUGCUCAAAAAAGCCGAAAAGGAUCCCUAUCCGAUUGACGCUCUGCCCACGUGCAAUCAUGCGCUGUCCGUGUGCCAGCAGGAACGCAAAUGCCUAAAGCUCUUUGAAGACUUCAAGACGCACUGCAAGGUGCGCGAUAAUAAGUGCAAAAUGGAAAACAGGGAUGCCUGUCAUGAUGCCUGGACUAACCUGCGCUUGUCGCCCAUGUUCGGGUGCAUCUGUCCGAAUAAUCAUAUGAAAAAGCGCUGUGAUCGUAUUUUUAAUAUUGUUAAUCACAAUCCGUGUGUGGAUAGAAUAAUAUUUUUCCCCAACGGUUUGCCAAAGCUGAAACCAAAGCCAAAAACGAAGCCGAAACCAACGCGAAAGCAGAAACAAAAGCUCGGCCAACGCAUCGGCCACGCCUUUAAUGGCACGGAGCUCUUGUCGAACAACAUUGAGUACCACUAUCACGACGAGCCAAACACCGGUCGGGAACAUCCGUUGGAGGAGGAUGAGGCUGGGGAGGAGCCGGCGGAAGAUGACGAGGACUCCGACGAUGAUGACUACGAUGAUCGCAUACGCGCUGAAAUCUAUUCAAACUAUCCGCACUAUUUGCAUCCGCCCUCGUGGGGCAUUAACAAUCCGUUGGUGCUGGCUUCCCAUAGUCCGCACACCUCCGAGGACGACGAUGUGGUCGUCGAGGUGCCCACCACUACGCACCAUAGCCACAAGAAGCAGCCACAGUCGCCACCACCCCAUGUGGACGACCUAGAGCGCAGUGUUGUCGACGAUGUUGUGGUCGUGGUCGAUACUGGCCCAGGGCCACAUCAGCAUAUGCACACGCAUCCACACACGCACACGUACUAUGCGCAUGGCAUGGAGCCACCGACCACCGCUGGAACCAUUGCAGGCAACAGCUUCAGCUCAACAAUAUCGCCUAACACCGGCACCAACAUUCACAAAACAGCACAUCUGGGCGAUUUAGUCGCCGGUAGCGAUAUUACCCACCGCACCCACUCCGCUGGCAGCAUGGACGAAAGGGUAAGAAUAUUGGGCAUGGACGAGAAAUUGCAUCAGAGAAUCUUCGAUGAUAAUUUGGCGGUUAUUGAUACGCCGUUAAUAGCGACGGGCGGCUCGGCGAGCAGCUAUAAUUAUCCGGGCUCGGUGUCCAACUCGCUGCACGGCGUGCUCAGCUAUCCGUUCAAUAUAAGCGGCUUUCAUCAGCGCCACAUGGCAGCGGGUGCAUCGGCGACAGGCGCCGGAAAUGAAUCGCCAUUCGAUAUUGUUGAUACGGGCUAUGGCUACGCCGGCAAUGGCAAUGGCAAUGGCAAUGGCAAUGGCAACGGCAACGGAAACGGAAAUGCCGGUGUUUACUAUCAAAGUGGUCAGGACGUUGAAGUUGACCUCUCAACGGAAAUAAUCAAGCAACAUUUUCAGAGUACCUGCCACACAGCACUGGAUAGUUGCCGGGAGGAUCCAGCCUGCUCAUCAUCGCUGCAGCCAAUGCUGACGCAUUGCGAGCUGCAUCGGUGCAAUCGCAAUGCGUGCAUGACAUCAUUGCAGUCCUUCUACAAAGGACCGCACGAGGACUUGAAUCUGGACAUUGCCUUUUGUCUAUGCAAAAAAUCGGGCAACAGCAACAGCAACAACAGUCCCAGCCAGCAGAACGGCAAUCGCCCCGACAUGUGCAUGAUUGCACAGGAAAAACUGCAUCCCGUCUGCGCUCAGAGGCCGCCCGAUAACAAUAAUCCAGGCAGCUCCAAUGGCAUUUACUACCAUCCGCCGCCCGCUUGCCAUGUUGUGGCCGACAGCUGCAAAGAGUUUCGCGAGUGCAGACUCAAGCUGGAGUAUUAUGAGCAGGCCUGUGCCGUGGACAGCGUGACCAAGAAGUGUGCCGGCCGGCCAAGUGGUUGUCGCACAGCAAUGAUUGGCAUCCUUGGCACCAUGUUGCGAACCACAUGCGCCUGUCAGGGCACAGAUCCACAGCAUCUAUACCAGUGCGUAGGCUGGCGUCGUCUGCUCUGGAUGAAUCCAUGUGUGGUCGAGGCACAAAAGGACUUUCAUAUGAAGCGGCUGGCUGAAUUGGGCUUUCUGACGACGACUACAACGACGACGACAACCACGACAACUACGACGACUACUACUCGUGCACCGCCGCCCCCACCGCCGCCGCCACCGACCACUACGACAACAACAACCAGUUUACAGCCGAAGCAAACGCCAAGAAAGCCCGCAACGCAUAUCUUCAAGGCAAAGGAGAAAUCGGAGCCGGCAUCGGUGGAACACAAUUAUCUCGAUCCGCCCGACUCAGUGCCGCUGCACAGCGGAAACGAUGCCAGCGGAAAUGGCGGAAAUAACGAUUAUCAUGGCGGCAAUGAACACGACAACAAUCACGGCAAGGGGCAUACACACGGCCACGGGCAUGGCAACGGUAAUGGUAACGGCAACACCAACGGCAAUGGCAAUGGCAACGGGAAUGGGAAUGGGAAUGGUAACGGAAAUGGCAAGGGCGACCACCGGCGACAGGGCAAGAAGAAUGGCAAUGGUCAAAACGCUGGCCUUGGCAGGCAGGGCGUAGAUUUCGAUGAUCCGGUAAUUUUUGUUGACCAAAUGGAAACAACAGAGCUGGUGCACAGCAUCAGCCACACAGAGCCGGCAACCACAGCGACCACAACAAUGGCAACCACAACAACAACGCAGCCGCCAAGAAACUGUGUGGUGCAGCGGCCCCAUCAGAGCGAUCAACUCAUACGCGAGGGCAGCAGUAAGCGGAUCUACUCGUUGGACGAUGCCGAGUGCAGCGAGCUGUGCAGCUGCGGCGAAUCGCUUACACUCACCUGCCACGCUCUCUGCGUGCCCUUUGCGCCCUGCCGGACCGCGCUGGCAUUCUACAGUCACGCCUCGCCGGCUUAUCAGGCGUUCCGCGGCCGUUGCCUCUGCUACUCGGGACGCUUCAUCUGCAUGAAGCCACCGCUUGGGGACUACAUUCUGCCAGGAGGCGUCUUCUUGCUGCUGGGCUAUAGUGCCGCAGAUGAGGCACUGCUGCGACCCCAUACUAAUCUAGGGGUGCAGGAUGCUGUGCGCGCUUUGCAACAAUACGUGACAACCUACAUUAACAAUCAGACACAUUGCACUUUGACGCUGUUCAAUAUGACCGAGGAGAACAUCAUCAUAGCAGCGCGGCUGCCGCACGAUGGCAAAUUGAAGGACAUCGAUCUGCUGCGACGUGAAAAGGACGAAUGCACCUCGAUACUGAAGACCAUCAGUCAUCAUAUCAACACCGAGCACAAUGAGCUACAAUCCCACCGACUAUUGAGCAUUUUUAAAAUGUCCGAAGUCGAUGUCGUCUGGCCGGAAAGCACGAGCGCCGCUCGCAGUGGCCAGACAGCGGCCAGCCGCCUGUUCUCCCUGUUGCUGCUCUCGCUGGCAAUAACCGUCCGUGGCACGCUGCGUAUGACCGAUGCGCGCAGCUGGCACACUGCCUCAACAUGACACGGCAGUUAAAGCAGCAGCUGCAGCGCUCACGAACUGUAUGUAGUUUAUUUGUAAGCUGGUGUAAGGAGCGAAGGGGCGAAGGGCUGGGGUCUAGCUAUGAGCAGUGCUCACCAAAUACGAUACUAUACUAAAACAUAUAUAUAAAUAUAUUUAGAGAGUACUACAUAGGAACAAGAAUGUAUGUGUCUGUGCGAUGUCUAAAUGUCUACAAAAUUAAAAAGAAGAAAAAGUGAAACCUAUACGAGCAUAAUACUCAAAUAUUCAGCAGCAUUAAAUGUGAGUUAGUUUAGUGUUAGGCAUCUACAAAUACAUAUACAUAAUCAUAAACAUAUACAUAUACAUAUACAUAUGAUAUAUUGAAUUAGCGAAAUGUGUUGUAUACUUUUAGGGGUUAGCAGAUAUUUUGUGCGCUUUGUUGUUAACUUGAAGAUGCGAUCUUACUUUUUGAUACGUACUUACAUCUGUGAGGCAUUAAGUACUUGAUACACCAUUCGACUAACGAUAACGAUAACGAUAACGAUUAACUUUACAUACUCAAAAAAGUGAGGGAAUGAAACUGCUGUCUAAAUAAUAAUUAUCUUAAAAUUAAUGGAAAUUAUCUACAAUUACUAAUGCUAGAGUUUAAACUAUAUACACAAUGAUAAUGAAAGACAUCUGACAGAAACUUGUAAAUAGACUUGAUAUGUGCUUAAGGCACAUAUAUAUGGAGAGCACACUUGACGUAGCUAGUGUUUUAUACGAUAAAGAGUAUAUAAUAUACAUAUAUAUAUAUAUAUAUUUGUAUAUUUACUUGCAUUCAACAUUCAUUAUCAUCUCUACAGCACACAGCCCAGAGUUAAUUGCAGUUUUACACUUUAUGUCCCAUUAUUGUUUUAUUGUUGACACAAUUAAAAACAAGCACAAAAUAUUGUCAUUGGCAUGCUGCAGUUGAAAUACCCUUGCUCAACUCGCUCGAGAAUAGUAACUGAUCAUACUAAAAUAUAUUUAAUAUCUUUGAAAUAUUUUAAGCUAUUCUUUCAGACUUAUCCUCGAUUUAUUCAAUUUCAAAGGGAUAUCUUUAACUUUUUUUGGCAAUUUUUUCAAUCUCCUGAUAGCAGACGUAGCAUUCAUUGCUAGGGUAUACACAAUAAACGGGCUUUCCACUUUUUUAUUAUUUAAUUAUUUUCUUCUUUUUUCGAGGUGCGAACAUCUUUUGCGCACAUACGUUUCCGCUUCUGAUAAUUAAAUUUGGACAUGUGAAAUAUAAUUGAUAAUUUAUUUCAAACUUUUCCACACAAUAUGCAGCGUUUCGUGGCAUGAAGAGAAUUACGGUUUCAUUACCAAUUAUACUUUGCAUGGCUGAGUAUUUAAGUAAUUGUUCUUAAUUCUUACUGCACAUUAAAUGUGUUUGCUCUGAUAUUUUGUUCUGUGUCUUCAUUUAAAGAGGUUUCAUAUCAUGCAAUCCUUUGAGUUGGCUCUUCCCCAAGCUGUAAAUAAAUCAAGAAUAAAUUACGUUCUAUCAAAUACUAACAGUACAUAUCAAUGUGAACACCUAAAUAUACACAGAAUGUCGUAUAAACUAACCCUUUGUACAUACCUCUAUAUACAUAUGUACACAACGAUAUGUCUAAGUAUGAAAACUAAUCGAAACUAAAAGGAAAUAAUAAUAAAAAUAUAUAAAUAAUAACUAUUAUGAUCUACCCUAGCAGCAACAACAGUAUAAAGAAAAUAAUUGUACAUUGAACCGAACUUCAGUUGCGCCUUAAUAAACUAUGUAAAAACUAUUCGAUUUUGUGAAUAUGUACGUAUAGAAAAUUAUAAAUGCGUAAAUUCUAUGAAUAUUAAGUGAGUGUUUCUGAGACACUCAGUAAUACACACAAACACACUCACACACAAACAUACACACUUAAAGUCUAAGCUUGACCAUUGCAGCAAAACGUUAAGCUAUUUCAAACACACACACAGACACACACACCCGAAUACAUAUGCAUCUGA